AUGUCCGCACCGUCAAACCAAGCUCUUGUUCAAGCCUACUCGCGUUUUGCCACGGGUGACUAUAUCACCAUAGCUGCCUCGUGUCUGGCCAUCUACGAAUUUUUGGUUACCAUCGGUGAUGAGAUUAAGAUUGUGUGGAAAAGACCUAUCACUGUACGUGCCGUGCUUCUUGGCUCGGUACGAUGGUGUAUGCUCCUCGCGGCCAUCCUGAAUUUCCAGCUUACACUGUCAUCUCCGAAAUGCUUGUUACAGGACUGUGCGCCACCUGACAUCCUGUACUGGGUGCUCGUCCUUGUUCAAUUCCUCCAGGCCGCACUCUUCUCUGCCCUGCGUGUCUUUGCAAUCUGGAAUAGGAGCUAUGUCUGGUCCCUGGUGGUGUUCGUGUUAAGCAUAGUGUCAUUCGUGACGAAUCUAAACGAUGCGGCAAUGACAAAAUACGAGCUCGUUAUGUACCCGCUCACGGGGAUAUCAUGCAUCGAGGAGUCUCAGUUGUCUGCACGAGCAUAUGAUAUACGUGCGUUCCGGGUUGUGUACAUCACUCGUGGCUCACUCAUCCUUGCCGACGCUAUCGUGCUGGUCCUGACCUGGAUCAAGACAUUCGGACACUGGAUGAAUGCCCGCCGCCUUAAUAUGAGGGUGUCGCUGGCGACAUGUCUGCUGCGCGAUGGGACUAUCUAUUUUAUAGUUCUGCUAGCUAUCAACAUGACCCAGCUGCUAACAUUUAACUUCUCUGCGGAGGCAUCACUUGUGGGUCCGUUAGUGACGACCUUGCCCCCUCUGCUCAUAAGCCGCUUCAUGAUUAACCUCCGGGCGGCCGGCUCACCAAUGUCAGACCACUCUGUGCACAUAAGUGAUCAGCAGCAGGGACAGCCGACGCUGCAGUUCGGAAGGUCAGGGGACCGGUUGGGCAAUUGUGGGGGAACGCUGCAGAAUGGCUGGAAUGAUGAACUCUGUGAAGAAGAGAGCGAUGCCGCGGGAGUGGAGGAGGAAGGACGUCGUGAGACCACUGCUGAAGCAUGA